AUGGAAACCAUGAUGUUGGCUGCGUUGCCUCUACUAUUCCUCUCCUCCUGCUUUCCUGCCUUCGUCGUUGCUCAAGGUCCGGCGGAUCCGCGACUAACAGGCACUUGGACGACCAAGUCCAUGAAGGUCUUUACAGGCAGCGCAUUUUACGAUCCAAUAAAAGAUCGAUUGAAGGAGCCGUUGCUUACAGGAAUCUCAUACUCAUUCACCGCAGAUGGGUUCUACGAAGAGGCAUAUUUUCGAGCGAUUUCUAAUCCUACCAGACCAGAAUGCCCUUCAGGGAUAAUGCAAUUUCAACACGGAACCUAUAGAGUAGAACCCAAUGGGUCUAUGAUCCUGACCCCGUUUGACUCAGAUGGUCGCCAAUUGAUCUCCAACCGUUGUGCUGGAAAAUAUGCGGAGUAUACGCGAUAUACUCAAAAAGAGGUGUUCCAGAGAUACGAAAUCCUAAUAGAUUCGUAUAAUCGAGUCGAACGCCUUAAUAUGUUCCAAUUUGAUGGCUCACCUUUGAACCCCAUGUAUCUCGCGUUUCGACAACCGCAGAUGCACCCGACGCACACGCUGAAUCCGACACAUACCACCAAAGGAGCUCCUAGAGCAACAGCGAUUAGCGAACGGAAAGUUAACGCGAAGAGGGCAAAACGCUCUGAAGAAAAAGCAGCAGAAUUUGGGUUCGCCCAAUCGCCGUUAAGCAAGAACUCAUUCGUCAAGAGGAUGAACUACUAUCAUUCGAGAAUGGAAAAGCUGUCGGGCACAGAUAAAUUGUGGUGGGUAGGGUUAAUUAUGACGUCUGUUGGCAGCCUCGCCCUGAUCUAUAGAUGA